GAGAUUGACCAGUGAACACCAAGUAUUUACUCAUUCUAUAAGGGGGGCCUUCAUGGCUCCUCCAGCGCAAGUUGUUUUGAGUUCUAUCACAAAUUUUCCAAGUUACCAUCACCUUCUUGGCUAUACAAAAACCAUUCAUAGUAGAGAUGGGCAGCAUUGACCUUCAGCCUACAAGGGUUGCGCCCUCUAACCCCCAGGCAUACGUUGUGCCAGAGGUUCCACUAGGCACGAAGCGGCCUAUGAGGGUAGUCUGCAUUGGUGCUGGUGCAACUGGACUUAAUCUUGCUUAUCAAAUCCCGAGGCACCUUUCGAAUAUUGACUUUCAAAUCUAUGAGAAGAAUGAAGCAAUUGGGGGAACUUGGCUGGAGAACCGUUACCCUGGUGUCGCCUGUGAUAUUCCUUCGCACCUGUACCAGUUCCUCUGGGCUCUUAACCCUAAUUGGAGCGAAUUCUAUUCGUCGGGACGAGAGAUUUUACAAUAUCUCAAAGAUGUCGCCAAGAAAUUUGAUCUUGAGCGUUUUGUUAAACUUGACCAUAAGGUCACUGAGGCACAAUGGGAUGAAGACACGGGCACCUGGAAGCUAAAGAUUCAAAAUAUGGUGACUGGUGAAGAGAUUCGGGACUCGUGUCACUUUCUUGUGAAUGGAUCUGGGUUUUUAAACCACUGGGAAUGGCCUGAAAUUCCCGGUCUCAAGGAUUUCAAGGGCCCCGUCCUGCACUCGGCUAGCUGGGAUCCAAAUGUUGACUGCAAAGGGAAGAGGGUAGCGGUGAUUGGUAAUGGAUCUUCAGGCAUCCAACUAGUGACAGCCCUGCAGCCAGAGGCUGAACAAUUGACAACAUUCAUCAGAGCGCCAACUUGGAUUUCGACUUCCUACGCGCAGGAGUGGGCGGGUCCAAAUGGAGUCAACUUCAAGUAUUCGGAUGAGCAGAUAGCCAAGUUCGAAGGGGAUGCCGCUGAGUUCUUGGCCUAUCGUAAAGCUAUGGAGAAUGAUAUGAACUCUCACUUUGUUUUGGCAAUCGCGGAUUCGCCGCAGCAGGCCAUAGCAAAGACCUACCUAGCCGAGUUAAUGCGUCAACGAUUAGGCCCGGACUUCGCCUUAACGGAAAAGUUGAUUCCUGAGUUUGGCUUCGGGUGUCGCCGUCCGACGCCUGGCUCCGGAUACUUGGAAGCUCUGAGCCAGAAAAAUGUCCGAGUUGUUAUGGACCCUAUCGACAAGAUUGUUGAAGACGGCAUUCGAACCAAAUCAGGGGAACUUAUUCCUCUGGAUAUCGUCGUCUGUGCAACUGGAUUCAACGUGUCAUGGCUGCCACGAUUUCCUAUUAUUGGGCGAGGCGGUAUUGACAUGCGGGAUCAGUGGAGCAAGCGACCCUUGAGCUACCUGUCUUUUGGUGUUGCAAACUUCCCAAACUACGCGCUCUUCAUGGGACCCAACUCUCCGCUCUCGCACGGAUCUGCUAUGCCUUCCAUUGAGCACAUAGCGAAAUACGUAAUUCGACUUAUCCAUAAGAUGCAGACACAGAACUACAAGGCAGUUGAGCCAACGGAGCAAGCCGUGAACGAGUUUAUCAACCAUGCCGAUUUAUUCCUGCAGCGCACGGUCUGGGCUACGAAAUGUCGAUCGUGGCUCAAAGGAGGCAAAGAAGUUGGAGUACCCCUUGUUCACCCAGGUAGCAGAUUACAUUGGUUUCACAUGCUUUUGGAGCCGCGCUGGGAGGACUGGAAAUGGACCUCUCUGCACUGCAACCGCUUUUCAUACCUUGGCAACGGCUUUUCUACUAUGGAGGAAGAGGGCAAGGACAAGUCGUGGUACUUGAAUGAUCCGGACAUUGGCUAUGAAGCAGUAGUGAACUGA